AAAUUAAAAAACAUCAAAAUUAAUAAUAAUAAUAAAAAUGUUAUUUAAAGUGUAAAAAAAUAAAAAAAGAUCAUAAUGGGUUUAACGCAAUCAAUAUCAUUUCCAACAUCGAUUUUUUUAAGUGUUCUCCGCACCGUUUUUUCUUUGGAUUUAACACCAAACAGUACAACACCUGUUUAUAUAAAUAGCUCUCAAUUAAAGAGGAUAUCAUCCGGAAAAAGCCCCACUCGAGAUGCCUCAGUUGAAACGAUAAGCUUAGAAGUGUCGAGGAAGCUCGAAAAUAAUUUCCAAGAACGUUAUAAAUGGUUAGUUGAAAAUAGGAAAGCGCGAAAAAACAUAACUUUCACGGAUGUCGUCGUCCCUGCAAGAUCUUGUGUUGCCGUCGUACAACAAACGAUGACAGAUGAUAUUGGAAGAAAAUCAAGAAAUAUCGAAACUGAGUCAAUCCUUCCAUUAGAUUUUUCUUUCAGUUCACCAACAAAUAGUGAAAAUAAUUCAUUAAAACAUAACAAUAACCCUUGGUUUGUUUCGCAAUGGUACAACUCCGUUAACGGAAAUUCUUACGGGAUAACAAUCGAUACAAAAAAUUCCGAUAUAAUGUUAUCAUUAGAAACAUUUAGUAAAGAAUCAUCUUGUGGAAUCAGCGAAGAAAGCGAGUCAUUAGCCGAAAUGAAAUUUGAGUUAGAAAACGGAAAAGAGAUAUCAUUAAAAUUUAAUAAAUGGGAUCCAAAAACGUUAGAAAUGUUAUCAAAGGCAAUGUUGGAAUCGACCGGAUACGCACCAACCGUAAAAUCGCGUCAAGAUAAAAAAGAAAUUUACAGUUUUGUUUAUAUAGAUCGUUUGGGGCGAAACAUUUGUUGCUCGUUAGAUAUAAACAACACGGACGUGUUAAAAAAAUUGAAAAUGAUGGAAGAAUGGGCCUUGCAACGUGCGGAUCCUUGCGAUUUAUUCGAUGUAAAAAUUAAUUCGUCAACCACGUUCCAAUUAGAUUUGAAAAAUCCCACGACAAUAAGAAAUUUGAAGAGUUUAAAAGAAGAAUCGAUAACGGGGGUUACAAAAAAAUUAAUUAACCCCAUCAAAAAAAAGGAAAAAAUGAUGGCGAAAUCGUUAGCCGGUUGCGCACAAACUAAAACGUUGGUUAAUAAAACUGAACCGGUUACCGUUGAGUUAUUUUCACCAUAUACAGGUACAUUCACAGCAAUUUUCGAUUUGUAUCACCACCAAACCAUGAUAACCCUUCAAAACUUCACAAAAGAAUUUCAAAAAAGUCUUUACGAAUACGACCUAAAAUUGAACACCGAUUUAGACGAAACGUUCGAAAUAAAACUUGACAUGGCAAACCCCAAAGUAGUGUACGAGCUUGUUAAGAUGACCCGAAAAUAUUCUAUCGACGUCGUUAAUUUCAACCCAAAAUUAAUUUUAAAUAAUUUAAUAACGAUUUACGUCCCGGAAGAUGAAACCUAUUUAACCGUCGAUAUUUCGAAGAGUUUAGUAUACGGAGGAUUAUUCGAUCUUGCAAAUCGUGAUAAAAUAGGAGUUCAAUUAACGAUACCUUGCGCGGGAAUUUUAAAUAACAUUUAAGUUGACGUUUUCAA